UUGUGGGCCACAACUUUCACGACUGUUCCUUAUUUUAGCAGCAAAGACAAGAGUAACAAGACAAACAAACAGCGAAUGAGAAGGAAAACAACGGACUCGUUUUGACUGAAAUUGUUGAAGGAAUUUACUGCGGUGCACCGUGCGUAAAAGGCGCGCUGGCUGCGGGGCUUCGAUUCACCGGUGACAUUUGAUUUUUGUAUUUAAUUGAAGAUUUCUUUUUGGCGUUUUCAUCCCCAAGGGGCUGAGCAAAUAAUGUUAAAAAUGACCGAGGAUCAUGACAAGUGUGGCAGCGACCAGCCGUGCAGUCCGUCGGGCACGAACAGCUCCAUGUCCCAGGACGAGUCCGACUCCGACGCUCCGUCCUCACCGACGGGCUCCGACGGUCAAGGCUCCCUGCUCGCCGGUCUGGGCAAGAAACUGGACUCAGAGGAUGACGACCGGUUCCCAGCCUGCAUACGGGACGCCGUCUCUCAGGUCCUCAAAGGAUACGACUGGUCCUUGGUGCCCAUGCCCGUGAGGGGCAGCGGAUCUUUGAAAAAUAAACCUCAUGUCAAAAGACCCAUGAAUGCGUUCAUGGUUUGGGCGCAAGCGGCCCGCAGAAAGCUGGCGGAUCAAUAUCCUCACCUGCACAACGCCGAACUGAGCAAGACACUUGGGAAACUGUGGCGUUUGCUCUCAGAAGGUGAGAAGAGGCCAUUUGUAGAUGAAGCAGAGAGGCUCCGGGUUCAGCACAAGAAAGACCAUCCAGACUACAAGUACCAGCCCCGGAGACGGAAGAAUAUGAAACCGGGCCAGAGCGACUCAGACUCAGGAGCGGAACUGGCACAUCACAUGUACAAAGCUGAACCAGGGAUGGGAGGACUUGCAGGGAUGACCGAUGGACACCACCACCCUGAGCAUGCAGGGCAGCAGCACGGUCCCCCCACGCCGCCCACUACUCCCAAAACCGACCUGCACCACGGGUUGAAACAGGAUCUGAAACACGAAGGUCGUCGUCUUGCUGACAGCAACAGGCAAAACAUCGACUUUAGCAACGUAGACAUCUCAGAGCUCAGCACUGAUGUCAUCAGCAACAUGGAGACCUUCGACGUGCACGAGUUCGACCAGUACCUCCCGCUCAACGGCCACGCCUCGGGCUCCUCCGCCUUGCCCUCAGACCACGGCCACGGCCAGGCUCCGGUGCCUGGCGGCUCCUACGCGUCCUCGUACGGUCACGCGGGCACCAACGGCUCAGUGUGGAGCCGCAAGAGCGCCGUGUCCUCCUCCGCCCCCUCGGCCGGCGAGCUGGGCCAGCACCGGCUCCACAUUAAAACGGAGCAACUGAGCCCCAGCCACUACAGCGAGCACUCCCACGGGUCGCCCUCGCACUCCGAUUACGGCUCCUACGGCGGCCAGGCCUGCGUCACCUCGGCCACGUCAGCCGCGGCCUCGUUCUCCAGCUCCCAGUGUGACUAUACUGACCUGCAGGGCUCCAACUAUUACAACCCUUACUCGGGCUACCCGUCCAGCCUCUACCAGUACCCGUACUUCCACUCAUCCAGGCGGCCCUACAGCAGCCCGAUCCUCAACAGUCUGUCCAUGGCUCCCACCCACAGCCCCAACGCCUCCAGCUGGGACCAGCCGGUCUACACCACGCUGUCUCGACCUUGAAGGCACGAGAAGCAAUCAGUUCCGAAAGCAGAGACUCAGAUUCAGAUUGAUGCACUACUAAUGAAGGAAGUAAGGGGCCGGUGGAGAAGUGUGUGUGGUGUGGCUACCUGUGACCACAUUGAACGUUAAACAAGCAAAAGAGAAAAAAAAAAAAGUGCCUGCUGAUUUUAUACAAAGUUAUAUCGUUGCAAUUAAAACAGACUGUUUUCACAAAUUGUGUUGUUGGCGAGCCAUAACUCCUCCAUGAGGACAUGUCGCCUACGCCUACAUCCUGUACACCCCCCAUUUUUUCAAGUCGAAGGAUUGCACGUGUGUGCACACUUGAGGUAAAGCAAAGGCCUGCCACAGAGUUGUGUAGGAGAGAAACAGUUUGGCUCAAUUCUGUUGUGAAGCAGAUGGAGAAGCGGAUACAUCGGAGCAUGUACACGGGAUCACUUACGUGAAAUUGCAGUGAGAUUUACAUUAAUGGCCUGAGCUAUAUUGCAGCCAUUUGCAUCCGUUGAACAGUCUUAAUUAAAUGGCUCAUAUGAAUCUUAUAGUGUCAUUUUGGCAGAAACGUCUUAUAUGUAUUUAUGUUCAUGCAUUAUUGUUUUUUUUUGUGUGUGUUGCUCUUUAAUAGAUAAACACAUGUAAUGUGGGGUUGGUUAUUAUAGUACUGUUUGGCUUUUAAUGAAAAGGUACACAAAGUGACAAUUGUUUUAAUGUCAUUCCAGUGAAGACCAAUAUCUAUGAACAUCUCCAUUCCAAGUUGCAAGCAAACAUGGCUUGACCAACAGACUCGCACGGGACAGAACAGGUGUCUGCAAGCUAUGCCUGGCAAAUUGCGAUUAGUCAUGAUCUAGGGUUAAAGGAAAUGGGGUAAAAUAACACCGCGCUCUCUGAGUGACAUGUCAGCUGGACCUCCUGGACACGUGAACGAGCCGCACGCGGAUAUGUGUACGCACAUGCGACUGUGUGUGCGAGGGUCACGGGAGAUAAAGCGCUUCUGAAUGUGUGUGCUAUUUCUCUGGGAAGAUAUACAGAUCUCGUGACAUUGUUCACAGCAAACGACAAGCAACUCUUUGCUGGGAAGCAUCUUUAAAUGCAUCCGUUACUCAAAAAAGAGCGGUCACGGUUCCAGGCGUAAAUAAGAGUGUGUGAGUGUUUCCCUCACAUUUAUCUCAUCAACCAUCAAGUGCCAAUUCACUGCUGCAGUCUCGCGCAAAAUGUUAUUGUGCCUUCUAAUGCUUAUUGUCAGUAUUUCAAUAUGAAAUGAUUAACACACUUCAGGCAGCAAACAAUCAGUAAUCCACACCAGUUAACUUGCUCCUGAUUAUAUCCUUAAUUUGAUAUCAUUCCUUACAGCCUUGGUUUGUAAUAUUCUGUGAGAUGCUGUAUGAGAAGCCCACGGAGGGUCGUGCUCUGAGAUUUAUCCACAGGAUUGUGUUUGUAUAUUAUUCUGGUGUAUAAUUUUGAGAAAGGCUGUGAAAAUGAUUGUUGUUCCAUUAACUAGAGUUUCAUUCACACUUGCACAGCUAACCCAUAUGCUGGCCAUUUAAAAAAAAUAAAAAGAUCAUUUUUUUUCUUGA